AUGUGUUGCGGACCCUGUGGACCUCGCUGCUGCGAUCCCUGCGGCGGAUGCUACAACUGCUGCGUGGAACUCUGCUGUGUGCCCUGCACCCCAGCCUACAUCCAGUGCUCAUUUAUGCCCUGCGGUCCAAGAGGCUGUUGCUGAAGUGGGGAUGAGCCAGGUGCCGAAACAAGUCCAACAAUAUUGUACCUGAAACACUCGUAGAUACACAAGAUGUCCCAAUAAACGAAUUUAAUAAAUGUUAA